ACACACACACACACACACACACAGGGAGAGGACGUAUAAUAUCAAGUGGACAAGCGGAAACACACACACACAGUGAUGUCAGAGUCUGGAGGCCACCAUUCCUCCGUCUCCUCCAUCUCCUCAAUCUCUUUGGUGGAGAUCAAAUCCGAGACUCAUCUAGUCCUCCAGGCAUUUCUUCAUCGGACCCUUUCUACCCCAAUGAAAGAGAGGCCUGGUAGAGUAGGGGGUGCUUACAGUGAGCACAACAAGUACAGCUCCAAGCCACAGACAAAAGCAAAGGAUGGGUGCGAUUCUCAGACUGAAGAUGUCAGUUCAGCAGAUGCGAAGAAGACUGGAUUCAAAGACUUUAUAAAGCAGUUGCCACAUCGCAACAACUCACAUCGCUCUGUUAAAGAUCCUAAAGGCUCACUGGACAGGAAGAGCACGGCAAAAUUGUCACACAACAGAGACCAAACAGAGGAUGAUGUCGUUUUCCCACCCUCUACAUCAGAAGAUGAUGAAAGUGAGAAGAAACAGCUGAAGAAGCCGAAGCAAGGGAAAUUUAGAAAAAAGAUUUCAAAGUUCAUCAGGUCAAAAAAGUUGGAGAGAGAAGACAAAGAUGGGCAUGGAUCCUCUGCCAAUAAGCCUACUACGCCAGCAAAUGAAGUAUUAGAACCCACACCACCCAUUAUCUCUCCCAACCACCCUCCUGAGUUCUAUAAUGAGGUAGCAGAGAAGCUGGAAAAGAUUGCACAGAGGUCCACCAGCAUAAAGAAACUGAGAUCUACAACCCAGCUUUCACAAGACGUGUGUGACAAAGAGGCGGUUGUGCAGCAGCUUGUUCAGGUGCUCUGUUUUGAGGGAGAUUCUAUCAACACCAAGAUCCAGUCAGACUCUUUCCUGCGCUCCAGCUUUGCUCGUCUUUCGUAUGGAUCAUUUGCCAAGCUUCUAGACACUGUGAGUCAGGUAUCUGAGGCCCCGCCCUCGCCGCCAUCAGCUAGUCCAACACUGCAACGCAUGGCUGUCAGCAUGGAGGUGUCACGGCGGAUAGUGACAGCCACUGGAACCAUGCGCAUGAAGGGCUUUGCAGAGUGCUACAUGGAGAACUUUGCCUCCUGGGUAAAGUGUCAUGGAGGAUGGGAGAAUGCAGUUUUGGAGGAGCCUGUAGAGUAUGACUGAGUUCUAAAACCUACCAAGUGUUUUUUCCAACCAACCACUGGUCAACACUGAACUUUGGAUCACAUCAGUUUCCAGAGGCCUCGCUGAUUCAUGAUGGCUGGGGAAUCAGAAAGCACCGUCACGUCAAGUUUCUCAUUUUACAAGCAAUCACAAGCUGCUUUCCUGAGAGGGUACUGGGUAAACAGAGGUUGGUAGUGCAGUAACAAAAGAUGAUCCCUCAGCUGAUUCAUGCACAUACAUACCACCACUUUUUUAUUGUUGAUGUUGUUUGUUUGUUUGUCAGCAAAAACAAGCUGUGAACCCAAACUCUGUAUCCCCUCUGUAUUCGGUGUCCAUCACCUCCUGAAGGAAAUAUCUGGCUCGGCAGCUCAUAAUAAAGGAGCUCUAUAAAAGAAGUUAGAAUUAGCAGAGGAGUAACGUUGUGGUCUGAAAGCUGAAACUCACAAGCUCUGCAAAAUCUAAUGAAAUCCCCAGAUUGAGAUGAUAACUCUCUGUCAGUUUACUACCACAGUGUCCUUUUACAAUAACACAUUGUUUUCACAUCCUCAACUGAUGAAUUGCAAAGGCAAGGUCUAUUAUCUAUAAACAACAAAGGGUUGCCCCGCCACCAAAUCUCAAUUUGCCUGAUUAAAACUAUCUUUCACUGUCAAGUUCAUUGACUCACAGGUCUAUUUGAAACACCACUGUACACACUGUCAAGUUUACAUGUGACAUGUUUGCAUCAAUUAUGUUUGAUGGGGUCAAAUAAUGUGAACAACUGUGUAUUUUAUAUUGUUUUUAAUCAAAUGUAUAUUUACUCUCAGACAGAUGCAACUCUCUGCAUGGCUUUAUUAGAGUAGGAAAGAAAGCAGACCAGUGCAAUAACUUGUCAUUAACAAGAGAUAUAGGCAAAUGGGGCUGGGAGGGAAACAAGAAUAACUGAACUGAGAAAUGUUUCAACCAGUCUCAAGAAUUCUAUGUUUUCAUGAAAUAAAGGGAAUGACUCUUUAAUAGAACCAGGGUUUAUUUUAAUAACAGACUUGUUCUGUUGACCUGCAAUGAUAACACCUGCAUUCAGUGUCUUAAAACAUUUGACAAGUGUACCCAAGAUAAGCCACGAGGGACUCAACCUGACACCUUAGUCUGGAUAUGAAAACAUGAAACCACACCUGACCUCCUGAAUGUGGGCCGUGAUGAGGUUGCAUGUGUUCUACAUUGUAUCAUUAUUGUUUUAUUAUUAUUAAGAAGAUGAUGAUUUCACAUUUUUACAUUUAUAAUGAACUGAAAAUAAUGUGUUUAUUUCUAUAAAAUGUGAUUUUUAAAGCUCUGUAAAU